UUGGACUUAGCUUCUACGACAUAAACAAAUGAUUUUCUUAAUCCUAAAUACAUUAAUAAAUACGAGGUGUAAUUUUAAAUUCGUACCCUCAACUCUUCCCUUUCUUCCUUGGGCUUCAGUUGAGAUGGUUUUGAUCGAAAUCGCAGACGGUGAACAAUUCGGAAGAAUUGUGUAUCAAUCAUGCAACCGGCUUCUAUGCGUUUACUUUUGUGCAACUUGGGCCUUACCGUGCGAAUUGAUCGACCCGAUCGUUAACCGUUUCGCUGUGCUCUUUCCUCAAGUCCACUUCCUCCGUGUAACCGUCCAUGUGACUCCACAGUUGGUACCAGAACAUGUCCGAAACGUCCCCACUUUUCACUUCUUUUAUAACAUGACUCAAGUCGGUGAUUUUGAGGGGGAUAACCCUGAAAAAUUGGAAGACUAUCUAAACCGAUUAACUCGGGAUCCUACCACUCCAAUAGAAUCAACAGUAGAUCCGUACGCUUUUUGCGUCCCGAUAAGACAAGUUCCAACCCGUAGACGUCGCCGAAUUUCCAGUAGGGCGAGGAGACUUCCUCCUCUCCCAGAACACAACGAAGAAACCGAAGAGUAAUAUAAAGGUUUCGGACAUUCUUCUGCGCUGAUUUGUGGGUCAUGAUGAUGAAUAAUAAUGAAUUGACCUGGAAAUCGAGCAGUCAUCAAAUAAGGCAAGGAAGGAUGGUUGUUUUUUUUAUUUGUUAGUAAUUUAUUAGAAUUUUUUAGUCAUUGCUGUAAGGGCGAUGUAGAUGUAUUAGCUCGAUAGGGGAAAGGUUACUAAAUUCAUAUAUAUAAUUAUAUAUGAAAUAUAUGAAAUUAUAUACCCUGUUCAUCCAUACAUUCUAAAACGUUUAGAAACUUUCAAGCUUUAAAUCGUGAAACAUUUUAAGUAAUUUAUAAUUACUUAUUAUUAUUCUAAAAUAAGAUUUUAAGGCUAAAGACAAUAAUAAUAAUAAUGACAAUAAUAAUGAAUAGUGACAAUAAUAAUUUAUAAUGACAAUAAUAAUUAAUUUUAUCUACAUAUCCGUCUUUUUAAGUGCUUUUUUAAAUUAUAUGAGCAGGGUAUGUAUUAGUAUAAACUUAGCUUUUAACCUUUAGAAAGCAUGUGAGAACAACUUUUCAGUAUUCUCUAUUCCGUCCUUAUGCUUUAGACAUUCCAUUUUUUUGUCCUAGCACCAUUUCGAGCACCUAUAGCACUUUGGCUAUAUUGUGAUAAAUCUGGUUUAGCUCUCUACGCCGCAUUUAUUCAUUUAGUUUUUAGUUUAAGUAAUUUUUAAUCUCUCUUAAUAACUUUUAAGCACUAUCACCUUUUCUAUUUGCACUGUUUUGUCGUCCAUUCUCUCACAGCACGGAUGAAUCGCUUUUUUUAUUACACUUUUUUUUACAUUUUUGAACAUAUUAAUUCUGAUUUUAUAUUUUUAAGAAAAUAUAAAAUGAUUUUAUAUGAGUUAAGAAAAAUUCACUGUUUAAUAGUAUUCCAUUUUAAAACUGGGCGACAAAAUAUUAUUGUUAAGUAGUUUAAGUUAAGUAGUGAUUUCGAAUCAGUUCCGUUACAUGAAACACAUGUAAUUUGAUUAGAUUGCAAUAGUCCAGUUAUAUAUAAUCCAUCUAGGACAAAUUUAGUUUUAAUUAAAUGAUUAAGUACAUAUCAUGUAAGUUAAGUUCGAAUCUCUGGUACAUUUUGUGAGUUAGAUACAGUCAAGUCAACUAGUUUUAAGUUUUACACCCAAAAAAAUAGUAGUCUUAGUCUUAGGUAGAUUGGUGCAAGACCCAGGAAUACAUUCUAAAUGUAGCUGGUUAUUAGAAAUAAACAAGGUUAGUUGGACACAG